UUGAAUUAAUUUCCAGCUGUUACCAAGUACCAACAACCUGAUAGAACCUGAAAUAACAUGGCAUCAGGAAAACCGGAAGAGUCCAAGCUGGACAGACUAAAACAUUUCUUAGGCUUCUCUAAGAGUGGGACAGGACAUGGACCUGGAAUACGCCCUCCAAGCAGGGAGUUCAUUUUCACUGCAGAACUCCUCAAGGAAAUAAGUUCAGAGAGUCCAGCUAACAACAGAAUGAAGAUGAUAAGAGAUUUGUCCAAAGAGGUCCAAGAAAAAGAGCUGGAGCCAAAUGCAGUUGAAACUCUCUGGUUGACCAUUGCUGACCUAUUACAGCCCCAUGUAACCACAGAAAACCGGCACAUUGCCAUGAAGUUUGUCAUUUGUUUGAUUAAAGGACAGUAUAAAAACUUGGGGAUAAUGCGUGCCCACUUCUUUCGUGUAAUUGUUAACCAUGCCAUCCCAGAAGAUUUGGCAGAAAGACUGGAGCUUUUCAUCGUGUUAAGCGACAAUGGGAAGGAUUUGACCUACUUUGAGGAGGAGACGGGGCCCUUUCUGUUGAAAUGGAUGCCUGAACUGAUUACCUUCUCCAAAGUGGCUGAAUUUCUGCAGCUGUUGAUUAAUGCUAUCAAAUUCAAUGCUGCAUACUUGGACCAGGAUGUAGUCUCGGGACUUGUCAGGUAUACAUGUGUGGUGGCAAACAGGUCAAAAUCAGAAGAGAAUAUUGAUCUCUGCCUGCAAGUACUAGACACUGUUGUUUGCUACAGUUUUCUGCCAUCUGAUUCUCUGUACUACUUCAUUGAGGCGCUGUGCAGGUCUGUCAACGUGGAGAAAUUCUGCCAAACAAGUUGGAAGCUGAUGAGGAACUUGCUGGGCACCCAUCUUGGCCACAGUGGGAUAUACACCAUGUGCUGCAUACUGCAAGACAAUCGAAACCUUCACGAUGUCAGUCUUCUGAGGGGAGCUGUUUUCUUUGUUGGAAUGGCACUUUGGGGAUCCAAAAAAGUUACAUCACUUAAGCACACCCCUUCCUCUGUAUUACCUUCAUUUCUACAGGCCUUGCAGUGCAAGCACGCCCUGGUUGCCUUUGAAGUGGUGCUGUCACUGGAGAGGCUGGUAAAGAAGUAUGGAAAAGAGCUGCAACUGGUGGCAUGGGAUAUUAUACUGGAGAUUCUUGAAUACAUGUUAGAGCUAACCCAGACUGUGAUUGUUCACGAGGCUGCAGUGACCAGUAAACUCCAUGACAUCCUGUCCACCAUAGAGAACCUGUAUGAAGAGCAACAAUAUCAUGGGUCAACCUCAACUUUCUUUAAUAUCAUUGAGAAAUGUGCCACAAAAAGACCAGAACACUCAGUGUUAUUGCUAAUAAUGUUCAGGGCCCAGUCAAUUCACCCUGCCAAAGAAGACUGGAUAAGAAACAUCUAUGUUCUUAUGGAAAAGUAUUUUAGACAGGACACCAGAACCAAGAUACGACUGAAGGCCCUGGAUGUUCUGGCAGAUAUUAUCAGUAAGAACAAACAGCUUUAUGAGGAUGAUCUGGUGAAAGAAGCAGUGCUGCCUCACCUGGGCCACAUUGAAUCUGACAGUGACCCUGAAGUGCGAGUACUAGCCACACAGCUUCUAGUUAACCUGGCUCUGGGUUGCUCCUCCCCCAGGUGUAUGGAGAUUUUGGCCCUAAUAGAAAAGGUUGUCCAGAGACCCCGACAGAAGACCAUAUCUUCUUCAUCACUUGCCAAGGAGUCUGAAGGGCUGUGCAUGAGAGAGGAUUGCUGUCCAGAAGACAUCAAAACAGCUGUUUUUGGAUUGGUGGAUAUAUUUAAGACAAAGAUGUUCAGCCUCCCCUCCAGUCAUGCAGUAAAGGCAUAUGAGCUGCUGAUCAGUCACCUGCAAGACCACUACAGCCAAAACUUCAACACUGAGUCCUCCACUGCAAUAAGACUCAUGAUUUUUCAGUGCUUCCUUAGCCUUAGAGCUGAUGCCCUCCAUCGCCUUGGAUUGAUAGAGCCCUUUACACAAAACAAGAGAAAAUACAGUUAUUUUAUGCAGUGUGACUACAGAGAUGUGUCUGAACGCAGAAACAGUAGAGUGAGUCCUGCCAGCAGUGCGGCACCUUCCCCUGUUAUUGCCCCCUUUAAUUCCACAGUGCUGCAGUAUACACAGGCCUUCUCAAUGUUCAACUGUUGCCUGGAGUUUGAAAAAGAUUGGAGGGUCCUGAGGGUAGUCCUAGAAGGUCUCUGCCUGCUCCUUCAAAACAAAACCCUAGUGCUUGCUGCAAGUGAUUAUGUUGAAAGCAUGAGCCGGAAACUGUGUGCUAUGGUGAGCGAUCGUAACCUUGGCCUCCCAGAGAAGCUGCGAGAGACUCCGCAAAAGUUCUCCAAAUCAGAGUUCCACUCCUAUAUCUUCCCAGUUCUGGCAAGCUUGGUGACCUACCAUUGUGUAUUGGAUAAACAGAGACAGUGGGACCUCAUCCAUUGUCUAGAGUUUGGUCUGGUGUCUCCAAAGUGUGCCAAGAUCUGUGUGUCUGCUUUGAUCCUCUGUACCAUGGAGAUGCAGGAGGUGAUGAUGAGGGAGAUGCCUUCUGUGUUGGUGAAAUUUUCACAGAUCUCGGCAACAGUUGCCAUGGCAGCGCCUAUGUUGGAGUUUCUGUCAAAUUUGAUCAACAUUCCAAAGUUGUACAGUAAUUUUGUGGAGGAUCAUUACCGCAGUGUCUUUGCCAUAGCCUUGCCGUACACCAAUCCUUUUAAAUUCAGUCACUAUGCUGUCUCCCUGGCCUACAGGGUUAUUGUCAAGUGGUUCCUCAAAUGUCGCCUGACAUUCAGAAAAGACAUGGUCAGCUUCAUUAAUAGGGGCCUCCAUGCCAAUGUGCUGAGACAGCUGAGGGACAGCACGGUGCAGAAGAUGCAGUCUGUGGCAGAAGAGCCGAGCUUUAGGCAGAGAUCCAACACCAUCGGGACUGCCAUGAGAAAAAGGAGAUCUAAAGGGGAGGAAGAGAAAUUAAAAGAAGUUAAAAGUCGUGAGGCCCCAGCAUCCUUCACAGACUCCAAACCAGGUGUAGAUGAAAGUUUGUCCGCCUUUCACCAGGAGUUGAUUGAGACGUGUAUUGAUGUCUUGGCCAGGUACACCUUUGCCACUGUGACAUCUAUGCCUAAAAGGACUUCAGUGACAGAAUUCCUGCUAGCUGGAGGCCAGAGUCAGAGCUGGUUACUAGGAAACAGAAUAAUCACCAUAACUACCAGUGGGGGAGGCAAUAAGCUGGGCAAGAGUGGUCUGUGUGAUAAGUGCACAGCUCUUUGUAAAACUGGCAUGGGCAACAAAAAUGACACCCAUGAGGACCCCUUCUCCUUGAGUGCCAGUGAAGAGAAAUUGAAGACAGAUGGCGCUUCAUCAAUGAGGAGACGGCAUAAAUCUGCUUACGUCAGCCCACGUCCACGAGAAGCCCUACGACAACAGAGCGUGGAUGACAUUCAGCUUCACAAGCAUGGGUCAUCCCCAGAGGAAAGGGAGACAGGUGGCGCUGCUGUCGGUGGCAAGGAGGAGAGACUGGAAAGUGAUACAAAUAUAGGGAAGUCUUUAGGGACAGAGGGGACCCAGACUAUGGAUAGUUUGGUGCAAGGUUUAAAGCAUAAAUCCUCAGUCAGUCCCCAUGUGUGUAGCUGCUGGUGUCAGGGCUGGGCUGAAGUCUACAUUCGCAGACCCAGCGGUAACAUCUCGUGGAUAAUGCGUCUGGAAAAUGAAUCUUUACUGUUCACAUCUUCUGGCCAAGAUUUCCCUCUUGCAGACAUCGGCACACUUUUCAUGUACAAUGCUGAGAAGGCAUUUGACGCCGACAGCAUUGGGAGAAUAGACAGUGAGAGUCUGGGUGAAAAUGAAUAUGAGAGUUUGUAUGAGCAGCAUUUUCCAAGCUUUGAUGAAAAACCACCAAUUACGACAGAUGGUUCAGUAGCUGACUCUGCUCAACCUGAGCUGGUCCUUGAUGUGCAAGACAUGUCUGGUGUUACACUGGAGAUAGCAGGAUUGAGAGAAACAGAGAUCACCAAACAGGACAGCAGGGACACAACAAGUGUAACGAAGAGAGAAGAAGCAGGUACAUCAGCGGAGGUGAUAUCACCAGAUGUAUCAUGGGGAUCUUCAGACAAGGAUGGGCCAGUUUCUGGUGGAGGUCCUGUGAAGAGAGUCACAGUGAGGAGGACCAGUUCUUCCCCAAACUUGGGCUCCUUUCCUACCCAGGCCACUCCAGAGUUUCUAAAUACUGGCCAGUUACAGGCACAACAGACUCUAAGCCCACCGUCAGAUCCAGUUAAAAUGCACAGUGAAAGCAACAUUUCUGAGAUUCUCCACAGUGAGGACAAACAUGGUAAACCACCAGCCCCUGCUUUCUCAGCUGCUGAGCAUGGCGUCCACACUCUGCACUCGGCAUUAAACACCCAAGUUUCUGUGGACUCCACCACCUUGAGCUCCUUUAAUGACGAAAUACAUGCCUUACCAGUCAUUUCCCGCCGGCCGCGGGGUCACACACUGUCUGUUAUGGACAAUCUGGAGAGUGGACGAGACUCUGGGCGGGGCAUUGGGAGGGAGGCAGUGAAGAAUGGUAUCAACCCAAGCUUUGUGUUCCUGCAAUUGUACCACAGUGCAUUCUUUGGAGCGAGUAAAGAAGAGAAACCUUUGGUGCUGCCACAGAAUGAGGUGAUAGAAAGAGCUAUGAAGAAUCUGGACCGCAUUGCUCCCCAAGAGACACACAAGCUGGCAGUGUUGUAUGUCGGACCUGGACAGGUGGGUGAUGAAGGCUCCAUACUGCGCAAUGUCUAUGGUUCCUCCAGGUAUGCGGAGUUCCUGCGAGGCCUGGGCUCUCUGCUCAGGUUGUCCGACUGCAAUCCUGACCACGUGUAUGUGGGAGGACUCGACUUAAAUGGCAAUGAUGGACAUUUUGCUUAUUCUUGGCAUGGGGAUCAGAUGCAAGUGAUAUUUCAUGUUGCUACCCUGAUGCCAAACAAAGAAUCUGACCCAAACUGCAAUGCUAAAAAGCUCCACAUUGGCAAUGAUUAUGUUACCAUAGUGUACAAUGAGAGUGGGGAAGAUUACCAGACUGGGACAAUUAAGUGCCAAUUUAACUUUGUGAACAUAGUAAUUCAACCACUGGAUCAUGAGAGUAAUGCAGUCACUGUCAGAGCAAAGGAGGAUAUUGCACCAAUUAUUGGACAUCAGGACACCAAAAUCAUAUCAGAUAAUCACCUGUCUGUAUUUGUUCGUCAGAUGGCACUGCAUGCAAAUCUUGCAUCACUAAUCUUGAUGAGGCAGAACACCAAUCCCUCGGAUCCAUAUGCAUCCAACUGGCUGGAGAGGCUGAGGCAGAUCAAAAGAAUCAAGAGCAAGAUAUUACAGUUGCAGAGUACAUCAAACCAAAAUAAGAGAGCGGAUUCUGUGAAUGAAGAUUUCACCGAGUUUGUGUGAUUACAGCAAUAGGAAAUCUCCACCUCUGACUGCAUUGAAAAUUUAGGUUGGAGAGGAUGGAUUUCUCAAAGUUCCUUAAUGCUGGAUAUGUUUCUUAAUUUGAAAGUUGAAUUUUGACUAAGUGACAGAUUUUUCAGACUGAACUUUUUUUCCUUGAUGCUACAGACAUGAAUAAAGAUGCAUCACUUUCAAAGACGCAGAGAAAAUUAAUACAAAUUUGCUCAUCCCAAACUGUGGAUACAUUCAUUGCCCAGUGUUACUGAACUGGAUCCUGCUUAAGUAAAAAGACAACACAAAGAUGAUGGAUAUACAAAAUGUAUGUGUAAAAUGACCUUUUUGGGUUUUUGUGGAAUGUCUUACUCUGAAAUACACCAACUGUCAGGAUAUGGAUAUUUACAUGACCACCGCAAUGGUAUUAAAAUUUGCAAACUUUUGGUGCCAUUACUGGGAGUACUGUAAUGGCGGGUAAAUUGAUAGGAAAUGAGAUCCUAUUUCUGACGUGAACAAAUGAAAAUGAAGUGAAUGUAUACCAUUUGGGUCAAACUUACAUAGAGUACACUGUCACUUUUUUUGUAAAUCUGCUAUCACGUAGUUACCACAUCUGCUGAACAGAAUUUUAAUGUCCUACUGCAAUCAAGAAAUGCUAUGAUAAUUAGGGAUUGCAAAACAAUACAAGUGCAUAUACAGUUCAUUAAAGUGAAAAUAGAACCAAAGGUGCUGUAGGUUACUGGAUAUUUGAAAGGGAGGAAAUUUUAAUGCAAUAAUGGUAUUGAAUCAAUCUAUGAAUUUGACAAAGGACAAACAGAAAAGUUUAUUUAACAGUAGUGAAAUGACAUCAUCUAGGACUUUCCAAAAUGAUUUUUCAUGCAGUAAAAGGCAUUUUCAUUGUACUUACUGAUCAUUAUUAUCGAAAGCUUUGGCACUAUGGGGUCAUUAUUUUGUGUAAUAAAGGUUUGGUAUCCUAAAAAGAGACGAAAUAAAUUGAGACAAAAAUAUCGAAAGUGGAUGCAAUAUCUUUGAACUUUUUCAUUUAUUUGUAGGAUUUAAACAUAAUUAUAUGUCACCCCAUUAUCAAGAUUAUCAUCUGAUAUUGACUUGCAGACUGGAAAAAUGCAUUCACAAACAGAAAAACAUUGAAAUGACUACCGAUAACAGAUAAUCCAGGUUUACAAUAUGUUCUAGCUGGAUACUUCUUAAUAAAUGGAGUGCAAUUU